AUGACUUGGUCGAAGCCAUUUUUGAAGCUUCGCGACCACCGACCGUGGUUGUUGCCGCUGAGGUCGUCACAAUCCUUCAUAGUGACGACGAUUUCUCUUUCGAUGUUUACGGAUCUCUUUCUCUAUGCUAUGAUUGUUCCUGUCAUGCCCCAGGCAUUAGUUUCACGAGCUGGAGUAGCAUUCGAAGAUAGAGAAUAUUGGAACAGCGUCCUCCUCAUAUCUGAAGCCCUCUCAGCACUUACAUGCUGUCCGAUAUUUGGAUACAUGCUAGACGUCUCCGGAACACGCCAGGGCCCAUAUCUAUCCGGACUGGUGCUAUUGUUUGCAUCUAUGGUCAUUUUCACAGCUUCACACUCAGUGACAUGGUAUAUCAUCGCCAGAGUGCUCCAAGGCGCAGCAACGGCAAUGGUUUCGGUAGCUGGUCUUUCAAUUGUGACAGAUGCAGUAGAUAAAGCGAGUCUUGGACAAAUGAUUGGAUAUCUUGGCACCGCCAUGACACUGGGAUUUAUGUCUGGUCCACUACUGGGCGGGCUGGUUUACGAAGUUGGAGGAUUCUAUGCAGUCUUUGGUAUGGCUUUUGGGAUCGUUGCUCUUGACUUCUUUCUUAGACUCGCUGUUGUCGAGAAGAGGAUUGCUGAACGCUGGCUGUGUCUCACUGAUGGCGAGCGGCCAAGUCAGGAGAAUGGUUAUAUCCCCGAGCAGCCGCCAUACGGAACUCUGGGGACUAUAACCGGUAGCGCUCAAACUGCCGCGGAAAUUUCUAAGAGUACUUUUGCGCUGGGCAAGCUUUUAAAGCAGCCACGGAUACUUAUUAGCCUCUGGGCAGUUAUAGUUGGGGCUCUUGUGGUCUCGGCAUUCGAUGCAACACUCCCAGUCUUUGUGGAGAACACAUUCCAGUGGAAUGUUCUAGGCGCAGGUCUGAUAUUCUUGCCAGGUGCUGCAGCGGCCAUUUUCCAACCCUUUUUUGGAUUUUUAUCUGAUCGUCUUGGAUCGAGAGUGAUUACAUUCGCAAGCUUUGCCAUUCUAGCCCCGAGUCUGAUCUGUCUUCGUUUUGUUCAGGAAAACUCACCAUCCCACAUAGGUUUUCUUUGUGUAAUUCUGGGCGUUGUCGGAAUGUGCAUCGACUUAAGCGAGCCUGCCUUGAUAGUGGAGAUGCAGCGUGUCCUGGAUGAUAUGGAAGCUGGAGAACCCGGCAUCUUUGGGGGUAAAGGUGCCGUGGCUCAAGCUUUUAGCUUAGAGAAUAUGGCACAUUUUGGCGGUUUGGCAUUAGGACCUAUGGUAGGUGGAUUUGUGGAGUUCCAAUACGGUUGGAAAGUUAUGACUCUUGGACUGGGAGUUCUUUCUGCGGUUACUGCUAUGCCUAUGUUAUGGCUCAGUGGUCCUAUGGAAGAAGUCUCCUGGACUGAGUCUGCCGAUGAAGAGAUGGAACGUGAACCCCUGCUGAUGGAAUAG